AUGUAUUCUCAGAUUUAUACUGAAAAUAAUUCGUAUUUAUUCAAUACAACAAAUUUUAAUAAUCAACAUGAAUUAAUAACAAAUAAUAAUUAUUCAUCAUCAGAUUGGCAAAUAUCAAUACCAUUUAAUACUAAUAAUGAAUCAAUGCUUGCAUCAUGUUAUACUAAUAAUCAUGAUAUAAAUUCAUAUAAUUGUGAAAAGUUUUUUUUUUGUUCUUAA